GUAGCACUGCCCCGCAGGGGACAGCUGUGUGGGGUGCUCAAGUGCAGAGACCACCUGGUGCUCCUGUGAGAGAAGGACCUAGAAACUAGUGCUGCUCCCAACAGCAGAUCAAGGUGGGACCCAGAAGCGGGAUCCAGGGGGUCUUCAGGUCUUUGCUCAAGGCUGGAACCUACGAGACCAGGAGGGCAGCUGGGGAGCCAAGAGAUCUAAGGAUUUCAUUGUCAGAAACGGAUCCCACCCAGGAGCAGGGGGCAUGGACCACAGUGAGGGGGUCAUCCCAGCCCCAGCCGGUACCACGGCGCCUCAGGAACUGCUGGAAGAAGUGCUUUGGUUUUUUCGGGUAGAAGAUGCAUCUCCUUGGAAUUAUUCCAUCUUUGCCCUGGUGGGCGUGGUGGGUGUGAUAAGCUUCGUCCUUCUGGGAAGGAGCAUCCAGGCAAACAGAAAUCAAAAGCUCCUGGGGAAAAACCAACCAGAAAAGCAAACUCCAGAAGUCCAAGACGAGGCUGAGGCUGAAACCAGAGAUGACAAUAACCUGAACAUCCUAAGAGAGACUUUGCUCUCAGAAAAGCACAAUUUAGCCCAGGUGGAAAUGGAGUUAAAAGAGGGAGACGUGUCACUGGUUCUCCUUCCAGACCCACAGGAAUCGGAGACCUAGCAAGAGUUCAGAGCCCUGCCCCAUGUUGCCAGCAGAUAAGAUGAAUGAACUGCAAUCAAACUAAUAUUCUGUUAUGGGGGG